AUGAAUAAUCAUAACGGUGAACAUAUUUUAGAGUUUAUUAAAUCAAUUGAUAAAUAUGUAAUCUCCAAGUAUGAAUUGAAAGAUAUAAAGUCAUUGGUUUGGAAAUGGUCAAAGUGGUUGGCACCUUCUUUCCACCAAAAGAUUAAAGACGACAUUGAAAAUCAAGUGAACCAAGUAAUUACAGAAUCGUUUCCACCCAUCGAAGGUCUACCACUCCAAUUGGAACUUCCCAACGAAGGAUUAUCAGAUGAUGAAAUCCUUAGAAGACUUGGAUUAUUACAAAAAUCAGAUGUUGAUACAAAACAAGGAAAACUAUUUGCAUAUGUUUAUCCAACAUUGGAAAGACAAGAGAAAAUCAUUGUCGAAGCACAGAAUAUGUUUGUCCAUUUGAAUGCUUUGAAUCCAACUGCUUUUCAAAGUUUGAGAAGAAUGGAGGUUGAAGUGGUGCAGAUGAUUAUCAAUUUGUUGAAUGGUGGUGAAUCGGCAAGAGGAACUAUGACCAGCGGUGGAACGGAGAGUUUGUUGAUGGCUAUUAAGACCUAUCGUGAUAGAGCGUUCGAUCUCUACAAUAUAACGGAGCCAGAGGUUGUCUUGCCUAUUACUGCACAUCCUGCUCUGGAAAAAGCAGGUCGAUACUUCCAAGUCAAGUUGAGAUAUGUUCCGUUGGUGGGCGACUGCCAAGUCGAUAUGCGUGCAUUUGAAAAGACUAUCAAUAGAAAUACUAUUUUGUUGGUUGGAUCGGCACCGCAAUACCCACAUGGUUUGAUGGAUCCCAUUCAGGAAAUGGGUCGACUCGCAUUGAAAUACAAACUUCCAUUGCAUGUCGACAGUUGUUUCGGUGGAUUGUUCUUGCCUUUCAUGGAGAAGCUAGGAUUUGAAGUUCCGCCUUUCGACUUUAGAGUGCCAGGUGUCACUUCAAUCUCUGCUGACAUUCACAAAUUUGGCUACUGCACCAAAGGAUCGUCGGUAUUGUCAUUCAUUAAUGACAGCUAUCGAAUGUAUCAAUUCAUGCCGUAUGUUGGAUGGCCAGGUGGAUUGUUUGUAUCGCCAUCGAUGCUCGGUACCCGUGGUGGCGGUCCGAUUGCCGCCGCUUGGACAUCGCUGGUGGCACACGGUGAAAACAACUACAAAGAGAUCACCGCUAGAAUUAUGGUGACAGCCAGAGCAAUCAGGGAGGGAAUCAACUCGAUCGAUGGAUUACGCGUGAUUGGUAAUCCAGUGAUGUGCGCACUCGCUUUCGUCAGUGAGAAUCCAGAGGUGAACGUACAUUGCAUUGCCGAUCUCAUGCAAUCCAAUACCAAACUCGGUUGGAAGUUGGAGCGUACUCACAAGCCGAAUGCCGUGCAUCUCACUCUCAUGCAGAGCCACGUCGGUAAGCAAGACGAGCUUAUCGCAGAUCUCCGUCAGUGCUAUGAGACCGUCGCUAAAGAUCCAAAACAAUAUAUAAACAAAGGAUCGGCUGCCAUGUACAGUGGAAUUGCAAAUAUUCCACUCGAUAACAUUGCCGAUGACUUUUUAAAGUGUUUCUUGGCUAAAACCUAUUCAGCGCCAUCAAGAACCGCAGAACAACAACCCAAUUUUGCAAAACAAAAUUAA